AUGGCCGCCACAACUCUCGACCCUUUGCCAUCACCUAUCGGAGAUGCAGGUGUUGUGACUCCAGGCUCCUAUACUUCUACCGAAUCCGUAACCAAGAUGUUCACACUGCGGUCACAAUCCAGAUGGCGAGCGACCAACCUCAUCGUCAGAGACAUCAAUGAUCUUGUUCUCUUUCGCCUCAACCACAACACAACAGUGCAAGGGGUGGGAUGUAAAUGGACAGUACAGCUACCUAACGGGACUGAUGAAAAGUCGGUUGUAUCCUCCAACUCCUCGAAAACACUCAAAGGGAUUGGUUACAGGUCGAUCGGGUCCUCCGACUCUUCGAAAAGCUGGUCAUGGAAAACAGGAAUUGACUUGAGCAUCGAGAAUCUAGUUGGGGAUGGCAAGCCAAUCACUCUGAAGAUCCGUCAGCCGAAGAGCCAUUUGGACCUAAGCUAUCAUGUUCUGGCAGAUGAAAAACUCGUUGCAAGAAUCACAAAGGAGAAGGCCGGAGCCCGAUCCAUAUAUCCGAGUUGGGAGAUUGAGGUUGCUCAAGGAUUCGACAUGGCUCUAGCAUUUGUCAUUGGCAGGAUAUUGGUCUGGCACCCGUUGAUCAGGGCUCCCGCUGGAGGCGGCGGUGACACUGCAGCAGCAUCACUACAAACAACAUCACUGUUGCUCUUAACGACAGCAAACAUGAUGCUGCUUGUUUGA